CCUGUUAGGAACUCCCAACCCGAGGUCCUCCGUCUGGCAGCUCUUAUCUUUCAGUACGGCUGGAGCGAAGGGACAGGAAAAGGAAAAGUUUGGUGAAGAGGGCGAGUUUUUGUUUCGAGAACACCGGGAAGGUUUGCUCUCCGAGGCCGUAUGCUUCUUUGCCAGCUCGUUAACUAACUUUCCGCGAUUGUAUGGAACUUCCAACUUGAGAACGCACCAUAUCCCAAGAGAAGUCUGGGCGCUUGAUUGCUGGCUGAGCUUGAUAGCACCAUGGCAUCCACUGUCACCCUGGAGGAUGCCCUGUCCAAUGUCGACUUGCUUGAGGAGCUGCCCCUCCCAGACCAGCAGCCCUGCAUCGAGCCCCUACCCUCCUCACUCAUCUACCAGCCCAACUUCAACACGAACUUUGAAGACCGAAAUGCCUUUGUCACCGGUAUUGCCAGAUACAUCGAGCAAGCUACAGUCCACUCCAGCAUGAACGAGAUGCUGGAGGAGGGGCAGGAGUAUGCUGUGAUGCUCUACACAUGGAGAAGCUGCUCCCGGGCAAUCCCUCAGGUGAAAUGUAAUGAACAGCCCAACAGAGUGGAGAUCUAUGAAAAAACUGUGGAAGUCCUUGAACCUGAGGUCACCAAGUUGAUGAACUUCAUGUACUUUCAGCGCACUGCCAUCGACCGUUUCUGUGGGGAGGUGCGCAGACUGUGUCAUGCAGAGCGGAGGAAGGACUUUGUGUCAGAGGCCUACCUGCUGACCCUUGGCAAGUUCAUCAACAUGUUUGCUGUGCUGGAUGAACUCAAGAAUAUGAAGUGCAGCGUCAAAAAUGACCACUCCGCCUACAAGAGAGCCGCCCAGUUCCUCAGGAAGAUGUCCGAGCCCCAGUCCAUUCAGGAGUCUCAGAACCUCUCCAUGUUCCUAGCCAACCAUAACAAAAUCACCCAGUCUCUGCAGCAGCAGCUGGAGGUCAUUAAUGGCUAUGAUGAGCUCCUGGCUGACAUUGUCAACCUGUGUGUGGACUACUACGAGAAUAAGAUGUACCUCACCCCCAGCGAGAAGCACAUGCUGCUCAAAGUGAUGGGGUUUGGUUUAUACCUUAUGGAUGGGACCAACAGCAACAUUUACAAACUGGAUGCCAAGAAGAGGAUAAACCUGACCAAGAUCGACAAGUUCUUCAAGCAACUGCAGGUGGUGCCGCUUUUUGGUGAUAUGCAGAUUGAACUUUCCCGGUAUAUCAAGAACAGCGCGCACUUUGAGGAGAAUAAGUCCAGGUGGUCCUGCACGUCUACAGGCAGCAGUCCCCAAUACAACAUCUGUGAGCAGAUGAUCCAGAUCCGAGAGGACCACAUGCGCUUCAUUUCCGAGCUGGCACGCUACAGCAACAGCGAGGUGGUGACAGGGUCUGGACGGCAGGAGGCCCAGAAGACCGACAUGGAGUACAGGAAGCUGUUCGACCUGGCCCUGCAGGGCCUGCAGCUGCUGUCCCAGUGGAGUGCACAUGUCAUGGAGGUGUACUCAUGGAAGCUUGUGCACCCCACGGACAAGUACUCCAACAAGGAGUGCCCCGACAAUGCAGAAGAGUAUGAAAGAGCCACAAGAUACAACUACACCAGUGAGGAGAAGUUUGCCCUGGUGGAGGUGAUGGCCAUGAUCAAGGGUCUGCAGGUGCUGAUGGGACGCAUGGAGAGCGUUUUCAACCACGCCAUCCGCCACACCAUUUACUCCGCCCUGCAGGACUUCGCGCAGGUCACCCUACGAGAGCCACUGAGGCAGGCCAUCAAGAAGAAGAAGAACGUCAUUCAGAGUGUCCUCCAGGCCAUCAGGAAGACUAUCUGUGACUGGGAGACGGGACGAGAGCCCCACAACGACCCCGCCCUCCGUGGUGAGAAGGACCCCAAGGGAGGCUUUGACAUCAAGGUUCCCCGUCGUGCUGUUGGACCCUCUACCACACAGCUCUACAUGGUGAGGACCAUGCUGGAAUCUCUCAUCGCCGACAAGAGCGGCUCCAAGAAGACACUCCGCAGCAGCCUGGAGGGACCCACCAUUCUGGACAUAGAGAAGUUCCACCGGGAGUCCUUCUUCUAUACUCAUCUGCUCAAUUUCAGCGAGACCCUGCAGCAGUGCUGUGACCUGUCCCAGCUGUGGUUCCGGGAGUUCUUCCUGGAACUCACCAUGGGCCGGAGGAUCCAGUUCCCCAUUGAAAUGUCCAUGCCCUGGAUCCUCACCGACCACAUCCUGGAGACCAAGGAGGCGUCCAUGAUGGAGUAUGUUUUAUACCCACUGGACCUGUACAAUGACAGCGCACAUUAUGCCCUGACAAAGUUCAAGAAACAGUUCCUGUAUGAUGAGAUCGAGGCAGAGGUAAACCUCUGUUUUGACCAGUUUGUCUACAAACUCGCUGACCAAAUAUUUGCCUACUACAAGAUUCUGGCUGGAAGCCUGCUCCUGGACAAACGCUUGAGAGCAGAUUGCAAGAACCAGGGAGCCAACAUCCCCUGGCCGGCCUCAAACCGAUAUGAGACCCUCUUGAAGCAGAGACACGUCCAGCUCUUGGGCCGAUCAAUAGACCUAAAUCGUCUGAUCACCCAGCGAGUGUCAGCUGCCAUGUACAGGUCACUGGAGCUGGCCAUAAACCGCUUUGAGAGCGAGGACCUGACCUCCAUCAUGGAGCUGGAAGGGCUUCUAGAGAUCAACCGCAUGACCCACAAGCUCCUCAGCAAGUUCCUGACCCUUGACAGCCUGGACGCCAUGUUCCGCGAGGCCAACCACAACGUGUCCGCCCCCUACGGCAGGAUCACCCUCCACGUCUUCUGGGAGCUCAACUACGACUUUCUGCCCAACUACUGCUACAACGGCUCCACCAACAGGUUUGUUCGCACUGUACUUCCCUUCUCUCAGGAGUUCCAGAGGGACAAGCCGCCCAAUGCACAGCCGCAGUACCUGUAUGGGUCAAAGGCCCUGAACCUUGCGUACAGCAGCAUAUAUGGCUUCUACCGCAAUUUCCUGGGCCCGCCCCACAUCAAGGCAAUGUGUCGGCUCCUGGGAUACCAGGGCAUUGCCGUGGUGAUGGAGGAACUGCUGAAGGUUGUCAAGAGCCUGCUGCAGGGCACUAUUAUGCAGUACGUCAAGACCCUGAUGGAGGUGAUGCCCAAAAUCUGCCGCCUGCCGCGUCAUGAGUAUGGCUCCCCAGGUAUCCUGGAGUUCUUCCACCACCAGCUGAAGGACAUCGUGGAGUACGCUGAGCUGAAGACGGUGUGUUUCCAGAACCUGCGUGAGGUGGGCAAUGCCCUGCUCUUCUGCCUACUGAGUGAGCAGAGUCUGUCUCAGGAAGAGGUGUGCGACCUGCUGCAUGCAGCACCCUUCCAGAACAUUCUGCCUAGGGUUCAUGUCAAAGAGGGCGAGCGUCUGGAUGCUAAGAUGAAGCGAUUGGAGACAAAGUACACAGCUCUGCACCUGGUCCCACUGAUGGAGCGCCUGGGGACCCCACAGCAAAUAGCCAUCGCCAGAGAGGGGGACCUGCUAACCAAGGAGCGCCUGUGCUGUGGCCUGUCAAUGUUUGAGGUCAUCCUGACGCGGGUGCGGGGUUUCCUGGAAGACCCCAUCUGGCGCGGACCACUGCCUAGCAACGGCGUGAUGCACGUGGACGAGUGCGUGGAGUUCCACCGGCUCUGGAGCGCCAUGCAGUUUGUGUACUGCAUCCCCGUGGGGGCGCACGAGUUCACCGUGGAGCAGUGUUUUGGAGAUGGACUGCAUUGGGCAGGCUGCAUGAUCAUUACUCUCCUGGGCCAGCAGAGACGCUUUGACAACCUGGACUUCAGCUACCACCUACUGAAGGUGCAGAAGCAUGAUGGCAAGGAUGAGAUCAUCAAGAGCGUGCCUCUGAAAAAGAUGGUGGACCGCAUUCGCAAGUUCCAGGUGCUGAACGAUGAGAUCUUCGCCAUUCUGAACAAGUACCUGAAGUCUGGGGAUGGGGAGAACAUGCCCGUAGAGCACGUACGCUGCUUCCAGCCACCUAUCCACCAAUCCCUGGCCAGCAACUAAAAUUAGCACCAUACACCACAAUCAUUUAUCAUUCAUCAUGUUUGGCCAUUUAUUUCAGACGUGGCAUGGCACUGAUGCGUCUGUUAAUGGAGAAUCUCUUGAUUUGGAUUUAAAGCCUACCCGUUCAUUAAUGGCUGAUCUGAAGCCAUGUUCUGCAUGUGAUAUUUGCACACUGACACUCCACAUACGCUGGAAAUGAAGGAACUUAUCCAGUUAGCUUUCCUGGUCUUUCCAGGAUGAAUUUGUACACACUUGUGCCUUACUAAAAAUAUAUAACUUUUUUAUUAUAAUACUACUAUACUAAUUUUAUUAGAUAUGGAAGAGUUUGUAAGGGGACUCAAAAGUAAUUUGUGUGUUUUUAUAAAAUGUUAAAGGGUUCUGCGGUGGUCAUGUACUGA